UUUAUCUGUAAGCUGCAUAAAAAGUACCUUGCUGCUAGAAGUAAGAGGGAGUAUCAUUGUUACUCAUUAUUCCCGCUAGCUCCAAGCCUGGCUAGAUAUUGCACUGCCCACAGUGUGCCUGAUUACUGCACUGGGCUGGUUGGAAUGUGCAUUUUUUGUGUGAUCCCUGCUGCUACCCCUAUUGAGUGCACGAUAUAGUCUGUGCAGGGUGAUAAAGCUGCCAGAAGUGCACGGGACAGAAAGCUGCAAGUGUACAAAGCUGAUUCUCAUCACUGCACACUACCAGGACUGUUGAGAUGAGAUAACUUCAGUUGGGGGGAACAGUUGGCAGACUUUUCUGCUUAAGGCACAAUGUUUCUGGAAAUUGCAGUAACCUUAGCCGCAGCAGCACUCCUGUACCAUUUCAUUUUUAAAAGAAAUGACGAGACCUUCUUACCUAUGGGUGAUGGAUGGUGGGGGCCUGGUCCUCAGCCAUCUGAUGAAGAAGCAGAAGAUAUCAGACCCUUCAAGAUUGAGACUAGUGAUGAAGAUUUAAAUGACUUAUUUGACCGUAUUGAUCGUUUCCGAUUGACACAACCUCUGGAGGGGAGCCGUUUUAAUUAUGGGUUCAACUCAACCUACCUCGUGAAAGUGAUCUCUUAUUGGAGGAACACUUUCAGCUGGAAUAAACAGCUGGACAUUCUUAACAAGUACCCACAUUUUAAAACUAAAAUUGAAGGUAUUGAUAUACACUUUGUUCAUGUGAAGCCAAAAAAUCUCCCCGCUGGUCGCACCGCCAAACCCAUUAUAAUGGUACAUGGCUGGCCAGGAUCCUUCUAUGAAUUCUAUAAGAUCAUCCCUUUACUGACCGACCCUGCGAGUCAUGGGCUAAGUGAUGAGCACAUUUUUGAGGUUAUCUGCCCAUCCAUCCCUGGCUAUGGCUUCUCUGAGGCAUCUCAUAAACAAGGUUGUGAUUCUGUUGCUGUUGCUCGUAUCUUUUACAAACUGAUGCUGAGGUUGGGUUUUCGUGAAUUCUAUGCCCAAGGGGGCGACUGGGGAUACUUGGUUUGCACAAAUCUUGCACAAAUUGCUCCAAGCCACGUCAAGGGCCUUCACCUUAACAUGGUCUCUGUCAUGGGUUCGAGGCUUCCCCAGGUGCUUUCCAUCUUGCUAGGCCAACGCUUCCCAUGGCUCUUUGGGUUCCAAGAAGAAGAUGUACGGAGGAUGUUUCCUUUCUCCAAGAAGGUCUUUUACCACAUAGUUAAAGAAAGUGGCUACAUGCAUAUACAGGCCACCAAGCCUGACACUGCAGGUUGCGGUUUGAAUGACUCUCCAGUUGGACUUGCUGCCUACAUCUUGGAAAAAUUCUCCACUUGGACUAAUAAGGAAUUUAUUGAUCACGAAGAUGGAGGACUUGAGAGGAAGUUCUCCUUGGAUGACCUUCUCACCAAUGUUAUGAUCUAUUGGUUGACUCAUUCCAUCGUGUCCUCAAUGAGGUUCUACAAGGAGAAUGUUGGUAAAGGAGUUGGUGUUGCAAAACAUGAUAAAGUUCCUGUGACCGUCCCCACUGGCGUCGCCUCGUUUCCCAAUGAGCUGGUGCAUUGCCCUCUCUAUUGGGCGAAGCAGAAAUACAUCAACAUUGUUUCAUUUAAUUUCAUGCCUCAAGGGGGUCAUUUUGGGGCCUUUGAAGAGCCAGAAAAUUUAGCUAAAGAUAUUCAGCAGUUUGUGGCUAAAGUAGAAGCAAAGUAGCAGUGCCGAAAAUAACGAGCUGUCUGCGGAGUAUAGAAGGUGCUGAACACGUCUAUCUGGGCAGUACCAGAGGGCAAAGGAAAUAUCAUAUAACAAUAGUAUCGCUUUGUAUAAACACUUAGAAUCUUACGCUCAUUAUCAGAGUUCUUUUCAGUCUUUAUAAAUGUAUUAAAGGAAAAUGUAUAGAUUUGCACACAUCAGUGCUAACCAUAGGGUGAGAGAGGAGGAUGCAAAAUAAUGCUUAACAUUUUCUCAAGAAUGCAAUAGGAUUUACAAAUAUAGUGGAAAGGAUUUUGGUUGUUGGUUAUACAGACUAAACAAUAUUAAACCUACAGAUUAAAGGGAUACAAUACCCAAAUGUUGAAGCACUUGAAAGUAAUACAGCAUAGCUAUAAAAAGCUGACUAGAAUAUAUCACCUGCACAUCUCUAUGUAAAAAAGGAAGAAAUUGUAAAGGGAGUUUAAGCAACCAAUCAGGAUGCUAGUCCCAGGACUUGAAAGGGAGCCUGCAUGUGGCAUGUGUAGGCACAGUCAUGCUAUUUCACUCCUCAAUUGAGAGGAGUUUACUAUGAAAUUUCAGUGAAAUCUCAUGAGAUCAUGGUAAAGUGUGACAUCAGCACUGAAGAAGCUGAUUGGCUGUAGUUUUUUUUUUUUUAUAUAUAUAUAACAUGCAGCUGACAGUAGCUAAAAAAAUAACUGUUUACAGAGCACUUACUCUUGUGAGCUGAAGAAAUGUUGAGGUAAAAUAUCCCUUCUUUUUUACAUAGAGAUGUUCAGGUGAUAUUUUCUUGUUAGCUUUUAACAAUAAUAUUUCAUCACUUUAAAGUCAUCUAGCAUAUGGGUAUUAUGUCCCUUUUUAAGGUUUACAUUUCUUAUUAUGAAUAUAUGUGUAAAUAUAUAUAUAUAUAUAUAUAUAUAUAUAUAUAUAUAUAUAUAUAUAUAUAUAUAUAUAUAUAUAUAUAUAUGCCAUGCUCUCACUACCAAUAUCAGUCAAGUGUCCGGGUGCUUCCUCCAAGGAAUUGUGAAUUCACAGGUCCUUAAAAAAACAUUGUAUUCAUAUUUCAAAAUAUUUUUACAUGAUGAUCAAAAGUCAUCAUUUUGACUUAUUAUUAAGCCUUUUUCAAGACAUAAUACAAUAAAUUUCAAUUUCGGCUACUUUGGUUUCAGCACACCAAUGAAUCUCUGUGUAUAUGUGUGUGUAUAUGUGUAUAUAUAUAUAUAUAUAUAUUAUACAAUAAGGUAAUAGAUCCUAAUGUCAGUGGAAAAACUGAAAUGUUAAACUCCAUUUCAUGCUUGCUCGGUCGCCCAUCAGGCUAUGCCAUGAAGGAGUCUCAGUUGUAAUCAAACCAGAAAAUCAUAGGGUAUGAGAGACACGGCAUUAAGUGAUACACAUGUCCCCCUCUAAUUGGCUGAGAAACAUUAAGUCUGGAGAACAGUCAGGGAAUGCAAUUGAAUCAUAUGCAAAGCUUAUAGUCUGCUUUUAAGUUAAAAGUUUGAAUUUUGUUAUAUUAACUUGUGGUUUGUUUUCAUCCUUCCCUAGAAUAAAUUGAGUGUAGGAACAAUAAUCGUUUGUAUAUAUUGGCUUCUCUCUAGAAUCUGAUAUAUGGAGCAAUAUUCUAUUAGUGAUUUAUUAUAUUGAUAUAUUGCAUUUGCCAUUAUAGAACAAUAACGCCUACUUUUUGUUUUAUUUUGCGUUCUCUUGUGCAAAUCUCUUGAUUUGCCAUAGUUCAGCAUCUCAAUAGUUCUGAUUGUCUAACACAAGCUAAACACUGGGAUUACAUUCCUAUUUCAUUUUAGUGGACCAAAUAUACAACUUAAAAGUAAUACAUUUAUUUCUGGUCAUGCCCAGAUUGUUCUAAGAACCUCAGUAGCUCUGAGGCUUCCAGUAACUGGUACUUUUAAAGGGACAUACAUUGGGGGGGGGGGUAUAAAAGUAACAAUUUAAGCCUAAAUUAAGAGUGUCUACACCCAGUACAUUGUCUACAUGGGAGUGAUUAAAAGGCACACACAUUGCAUGGCAUUGGAAGGCACCCAAAGGUUUUUAGCUUUACAGAGCAGUGCCAACACUUUCUGUGAGGCAAGUAAUUUAGGUUUAUAAAUAAUGUGGUUAUCAUUUAUGUGAAUUGUAUAGGCCCACUUGUAUUUCCCUUUUAAAGUAUAUCUAACACCUAACAACAUUCAUUCAUCUCUAUAUCUUUUUACUUGGUUGAGCUUUCUGAUGUUACUGAUUUUGUUUAAAAAACUUUAGAUACGGAGUGCUGCACAGCUAGUCAGUUAAUGUAAGGGCAUUGUGUAAAUCAUUGGUCUUCCUUCUUUAUCUGAUUCUAACCUCAUCAGCUACCUUGUGGCUAUAGAAACAAACCCCAGAAAAACCCGCUUAUUAACCCAUUUUUAAGCCAGAAGCUGCAUAGCAAAGAAGAACCUUAUGUUUUGCUUGGUGCAAGUUUUUGUUAAUAAAUAUGUAUAAUUUAGUAUCUGAAUAUUGUGCUUGAAUACAAAAUAAAGGAUUGUUGGUUUCCAUUA